AUGUCUCCAACCCUUAACGUCACCCAUAUCGGCACUGCCACUGCCAUCCUCGAGAUAAAUGGCGUCAAUUUCAUCACAGAUCCCUUCUUUUCUCCCGCCGGCACCUCCUGGGACGCCGGGCGUGUCAUCCUGAAAGUGACAGAAGACCCUGCUCUCCGGCUUGACCAACUCCCCGUCAUCGACGCCGUGCUUCUGAGCCACGAAGACCACCCCGAUAACCUCGACGAACUCGGCCGCCAACUCCUAGAUGGCCGCCAUGUCUUCACCACCGUCGAUGGCGGUAACAAACUCAGCCCCCGCCCCGCCGUGCACGGCAUGAAGCCCUGGGAAGAGCUUGAAAUCAUGAUUGCCGGCAAGAAGUUCAAGAUCAUCGCGACUCCGACCCAACAUGUCCCCGGAGACGAAUGCACCGGGUUUAUCGUGACCGCCGAUGAUUUCGGAACUGGUCGUGACGGCCUUCCUAAUGCAAUCUAUUUCACUGGCGACACGGUCUAUAUCGAAGAGUUGAACUCCAUUGCGGACCGAUACCAUAUUCGUGCUGCUGUGAUGAACUUGGGCAAUGCCCAUGUUCCCGUUAAUGAUGAUGCCAGUGGUCCUCUUAUGCAGAUCACCAUGGGGGGCAGUGAUGGAGCCAAGCUCUUCCGUGCCCUCAAGGCUGAUGUUCUCGUUCCAAUGCAUUACGAAUCUUGGGGACAUUUCACCCAGUUUGGGAACGAGCUGCGCGAGGUCUUUGAGGCUGAGGGUAUCAGUGAUAAGAUUUGCUGGCUGGAGGGCGGCGAGAAGAUCGCUGUGCUCUAA